CUACUUGCUUCAUAUACACUACAUUGCCAAACGUAUUGGUCCAGCCCUCCAAAUCAUAUGAUUCAGGUGUUCCAAUCCCCUCCGUAUCAUGUGAUUCAGGUGUUCCAAUCACCUACAUAUCAUGUGAUUCAGGUGUUCCAAUCCCCUCCAUAUCAUAUGAUUCAGGUGUUCCAAUCCCCUCCAUAUCAUGUGAUUCAGGUAUUCCAAUCCCCUCCCAAUCAUGUGAUUCAGGUGUUCCAAUCCCCUCCCUAUCAUGUGAUUCAGGUGUUCCAAUCCCCUCCCAAUCCUGUGAUUCAGGUGUUCCAAUCCCCUCCAAUCAUGUGAUUCAGGUGUUCCAAUCCCCUCCAAAUCAUGUGAUUCAGGUGUUCCAAUCCCCUCCCCAUCAUGUGAUUCAGGUGUUCUAAUCCCCUCCAUAUCAUGUGAUUCAGAUGUUCCAAUCCCCUCCAUAUCAUGUGAUUCAGGUGUUCUAAUCCCCUCCACAUCAUGUGAUUCAGGUGUUCCAAUCCCCUCCAUAUCAUGUGAUUCAGGUGUUCCAAUCCCCUCCAUAUCAUGUGAUUCAGGUGUUCCAAUCCCCUCCAUAUCAUGUGAUUCAGGCGUUCCAGUCCCCUC